CCGCGGAGGCCUCGGGGGCUUGGGGCGUCGCGGAGUGUGCGAGGCGGCUCGGGUCGUGUGCACUAACGGAGACAAAGCGGUGGCUGAGGUGGCUGUGGCGGUUGCGGCAGCGGCUGCGGAGCAACCUUAAGCACCGAAUUUCGUGGUGCUGAGUUCUGUCGUCAUCUCAUUCAGAGCGGCGCACGGGCGGCUGGUGUCGCGCGGGCGGCGGCGGCGGCAGCGGCGGCGGCGGAGGCGGCGGCAGCACAUGGUUCCAAGAGCGCUCUGCGGUUGUUGGGUUCCAAUUCCGUGGGGAGGGACAAAAGCCGCUGUGAGCGCUGGGCAACGCCCGGUCGGGUGGUGCGUUCGCCACUGCCCUAGAUCUGGGCCUUGAAAGCUGGGACUAACUCCUCUCUGUGAGGACGAGGCCUCGGGCCGAGGCCCAGGAAGGGCCUGAGGCCGCUGUCUAGGGGAAGUGGGGGAAGGGUGCGGCCCGUACGAGGCGAUUUGGGUGAGCUAAAUUUGAGACGUUUUUGUGAGUCAUUGAGGUAAUUUGACCUACUACUCUGGGGAGAUUGGGCCGGAGCAGCAAACUAGUUUUGGUCUGUUCUCUGAAAACAAAUUGGCCGUUGUGCUUAGGAGAUCUUUCAGUUGAGAGGAAGCGAAGCCGGAAGUAACGCCAUUUGCACUCCAUCGACAUCAUGGUCGCCAUUCUGGGAUAUGUUUAAGGAUCCCAGAUCAUUGGUGGCGAAGACAUGAGUGGUUGGCCAGGUUUAUGACAAGUUGCUAAAUUUCCGGGUUGGUAAGUUUCUGGAUUGGUAAAUUUCAUAGAAGAACAAAAAAGGGCUCGGAGGAAAUGAAGAUGAAGCAGUAAUAAAACCGCGAACUAGUACUAUCUACUUCAAGAUCAUCCGCGUUCGACUCAUUGAACUAUCGCAUCUUAACGCUAACGCUCCUUAAGGCUACAGAUUUACAACGCAUUUCUUUUCGAAACAUUACAUUGUAGUCUUUAAGAAGAUAAAUACUUAAAGGAAAAAUCAAUUGUAGUUUUAGACAUUUCUGAAUAUAUUUUGGAUAAGUAUUCAUUAACCUUGUUCAACUAUAAGGAGCACAGACUUACCAAACGUUUACUGAAAGGAGUCCUGGAAACUCUUCUAUUGUAAGGUUAUAUUUCCUAGUUAGUAGGUAAAGGACUGGACCUCACCGCACCCAUGGCUUUCACAAAUUACAGCAGUCUGAAUCGAGCCCAGUUAACCUUUGAAUAUCUGCACACGAAUUCAACUACUCAUGAAUUCUUGUUUGGUGCUCUUGCAGAACUGGUUGAUAAUGCAAGAGAUGCUGAUGCUACCAGAAUAGAUAUUUAUGCAGAAAGGCGAGAGGAUCUUCGAGGAGGAUUUAUGCUAAAUACUAACUUUUCACUCUCUUUUAUGCCUGCCAUUUCAGGCGAUGCUGCCAGUGUGAUCCAGUUUGGGAAGUCGGCCAAGCGAACACCUGAGUCCACCCAGAUUGGGCAGUAUGGGAAUGGGUUAAAAUCGGGCUCUAUGCGCAUCGGGAAAGAUUUUAUCCUCUUCACCAAGAAAGAUGACACCAUGACCUGCCUCUUCCUGUCUCGUACCUUUCAUGAGGAGGAAGGCAUUGAUGAAGUGAUAGUCCCAUUGCCCACUUGGAAUGCUCAGACCCGGGACCCUGUCACAGACAAUGUGGAGAAGUUCUCCAUUGAGACAGAGCUCAUCUACAAGUAUUCUCCCUUCCGCAAUGAGGAGGAAGUGAUGACUCAGUUCAUGAAGAUUCCUGGUGACACUGGAACACUGGUGAUCAUCUUCAAUCUCAAACUCAUGGAUAACGGGGAGCCAGAGCUAGACAUAAUCUCAAAUCCAAGAGAUAUCCAGAUGGCAGAGACUUCCCCAGAGGGCACGAAGCCAGAGCGGCGCUCAUUCCGUGCCUAUGCUGCCGUGCUCUAUAUUGAUCCUCGGAUGAGGAUCUUCAUUCACGGCCACAAGGUGCAGACCAAGAGGCUCUCCUGCUGCCUGUACAAGCCCAGGAUGUACAAGUACACGUCAAGCCGUUUCAAGACCCGUGCAGAGCAGGAGGUGAAGAAAGCCGAGCAUGUAGCACGGAUUGCUGAAGAAAAGGCGCGGGAGGCAGAGAGCAAAGCUCGGACAUUAGAAGUACGCUUAGGCGGAGACCUCACACGGGACACUAGGGUUAUGUUGCGUCAGGUUCAGAACACAGCCAUUACCCUGCGUAGAGAAGCUGAUGUCAAGAAGCGGAUCAAGGAGGCCAAGCAGCGAGCGCUUAAAGAACCUAAGGAACUGAAUUUUGUUUUUGGGGUCAACAUUGAACACCGGGACCUGGAUGGCAUGUUCAUCUACAACUGUAGCCGCUUGAUCAAGAUGUAUGAGAAAGUGGGCCCACAGCUGGAAGGGGGCAUGGCAUGUGGCGGGGUCGUUGGGGUCGUUGAUGUGCCCUACCUGGUCCUGGAGCCUACACACAACAAACAGGACUUUGCUGAUGCCAAGGAGUAUCGGCACCUGCUGCGGGCAAUGGGGGAGCACCUGGCACAGUACUGGAAGGACAUCGCCAUUGCCCAGCGGGGAAUCAUCAAGUUUUGGGAUGAGUUUGGCUACCUCUCUGCCAACUGGAACCAGCCCCCAUCCAGCGAGCUGCGUUACAAACGCCGGAGAGCUAUGGAAAUCCCAACCACCAUCCAGUGUGAUUUGUGUCUGAAGUGGCGGACCCUCCCCUUUCAGCUGAAUUCUGUGGAAAAAGAUUACCCUGAUACCUGGGUUUGCUCCAUGAACCCUGAUCCUGAGCAGGACCGGUGUGAGGCUUCUGAACAGAAGCAGAAGGUCCCACUGGGGACGUUCAGAAAGGACCUGAAGACACAGGAAGAGAAGCAAAAGCAGUUGACAGAGAAAAUUCGCCAACAGCAGGAGAAGCUGGAGGCCCUGCAGAAAACGACACCCAUCCGCUCCCAAGCUGACCUGAAGAAAUUGCCGUUGGAAGUGACCACCAGACCUUCCACUGAGGAACCUGCACGUAGACCUCAGCGUCCUCGGUCACCUCCUUUACCUGCUGUGAUCAAGAAUGCCCCAAGCAGACCCCCUUCCUUGCAACCUCCCAGGCCAGCCAGCCAUCCUCGGAAGGCUCCUGUCAGCAGCAGCACCCUAAAGCCUUCUGCCCUGGUAUCCCGGGAGGAGGCCUGUACAUCCAGGCUUCUCCAGCCACCCGAGGCACCCCGAAAGCAUGCUAACACUCAGGUCAAGACUGCACCCCGGCCUGCCCCACUGGUGCAGCCUCUGUCAUCAUCUCUGCUGCCCAACUCUAAGAGCCCUCGGGAGGUUCCUGCCCCCAAAGCCAUCAAGACUCCAGUAGUCAAGAAGUCAGAGCCACCCAGUAAACUUUCCCCGGCCACGCCUGGUCGGAAGCGGACCCUAGAGGUCUCUGAUGAAGAAGAAGCCGAAGAAGAGGCUGAAAGGAGGAAGGAGAGGUCCAAGCGGAGCAAAAUUGCUGUGAAAGAGGAAAAGAAGGACUUGAAUGAGCUCUCAGACAGUGCUGAGGAAGAGGAUUCAGCUGACCUCAAGAAGGCUCAGAAAGAUAAAGGGCUGCACGUGGAGGUGCGUGUGAACAGGGAGUGGUACACAGGCCGUGUUACAGCAGUGGAGGUGGGCAAGCAUGUCGUGCGGUGGAAGGUGAAGUUUGACUACGUGCCCACAGACACAACACCAAGAGACCGCUGGGUGGAAAAAGACAGUGAGGAUGUGCGGCUGAUGAAGCCCCCUUCUCCGGAGUAUCAGAGCCCUGACACGCAGCAGGAGGGUGGGGAGGAGGAAGAGACCACGGUGGCCCAGCAGGCUGUGGCCGUGGCAGAGCCCUCCACUUCUGACUGCAUUCGCAUCGAGCCUGACACUACUGCUCCGAGCACCAAUCACGAGACCAUCGACCUGCUCGUCCAAAUCCUCCGGAAUUGUUUACGGUACUUCCUGCCUCCAAGUUUCCCCAUCUCCAAGAAGGAGCUGAGUGCUAUGAAUUCAGAUGAGCUGAUAUCAUUUCCUUUGAAAGAGUACUUCAAGCAGUAUGAAGUGGGGCUCCAGAAUUUGUGCCAUUCCUACCAGAGUCGUGCUGACUCGCGGGCCAAGGCCUCUGAGGAGAGCCUGCGUUCCUCCGAGAAAAAGCUCCGUGAGACAGAGGAGAAGCUGCAGAAGCUGAGGACCAACAUCGUGGCGCUCCUACAAAAGGUGCAGGAGGACAUAGACAUCAACACAGAUGAUGAGCUGGAUGCCUACAUCGAGGACCUGAUCACCAAGGGAGACUAAGGAGCUUGGAGCCAGAGAUCAGCUCUCCUGCCCCUCAAGGCAGAGAGCUCCCAGGGGGGUGGGGGUGAUGUUUCAUUCAUGGGUUGGU